AUGGAUUCUCCACUUCCGUCAACUAUCGAUCCGAGGCUUCUCAAUCCUCGUUCACUUGAUUUAACCAAUCACCCGAACGAAAGAUUAGAGCAAGCAAUUCUACCACCAUUUUCUCUCCAUAGCAUUGCGGUAUCUGGUUUGGGUUAUCACGAUCAUACUGCAACGUUCCCAGCUCAUGUAUACCCAUCUAAUCCUCCUUUAGAUGAUAUCACCGUUUCAAGAUUAGUUGAUUCACCUUUCCAUCCACUGAGAAGGGAAGGUACGACUUGGUUAACUGAAGAUUGGAAACUUCUUCCUCUAUUACCACAACCACCUCGAAUUACUUAUCAUUCCACCUUCCCACCACAUCCCUUCACGUCCCAACGAACGUAUACCGAGCAGCGCACGUCGAUCAAUCACCAUACCACUUUCAACAUCGCUGAUUGCGAUAAAGAACCAGGUUCAAACUCUAUUUCUUCAUUAGGACAAUUCGCCACCCUUCCUCCACCACCGCCUUUCCCUUCGCCUUUGCCUCUUGAUUCUCAGCAGGUCCCACACCUAUUGAGGGGAUCAACUAUUCGAAGAUCGCAGACAUUCCCUCUCAACAAGAUGGAUGCUGCUGUAGAAGAAGAUGAUCAGCUACGGUAUGUGGUAUCAUCAGAAAGAGAUCAAUCCUUCGGUGUCGCAUCGGAGGGGUACGAUUGUAAGCAGACUGAAGAAGACAUGGGUUGUCGGUUCCAACAAUAUCCACUUGGUCCACCUAUUAAUAUUGUAGGGCCUGCUUGUCACGAUCGUGGUCCUAUGAUGUGGAAUCUUGCUGAAGGUAAUCGCCUCUUAGUCGACGAUGUUCUGCCUUCUCCCUCUUCAAAUACUGAAGAUGAUUUGAUUUCUCAUGAUUCACCUGAGGAUGAAGAUGAAGAGCAAGAAGAAGAACCACUCGAGAUUGAGCUAUCCCAGUCAGCUUCUUCUGCUGAUCAACCUCAUUCCGCGCCUAAUGACACCAAGUCAACGAAGACAAUAGUGGUUUCACUGGAAGCGAUGACUGAAGAAGACACUGAACCAGAAGAUGAAAAGAAAAUCACUAAUCCAAUCAAGCGACCUCUGUCAAGACCAAAGUUGAACUUCUAUAUCCCAAAGUCGAUCCGUCCAAAUCUUUCAUCUGAUUAUAGUGUCGAUCAAAUUUCAACUGGUGAGAAAAUCAAUGUGCCACAAUCACCUUUCUCCCAAGCUCUGAAUGGUAAAUACUCAACACGAUCUUCUACUCUAGACUCGAAAUUACAUUUAGAAUGCAAGUCAAUCAGUAGAAACAAGAAGCAGGGUUCGGGAAAUAAGAAUAAAUAUAAGAAUUUCAAUACUUCUAACACGAAUGCAAGGACUGGAAGUGGGAGUCCUAGUGGCAACAACGGUGGGAAAGUACCAACAGGAGACUUCCUCUUCAGACUUCUUAGGAUGCUGGCGUAUAAUAAAUACCCUGGUUUUGUAAUUCUGAAAGGCAGAUAUGCCUUCAUACCCGACACAGAAGCCUUUGCGAAAGUCGUUUAUUGGAACAAUUCGAAAAGUGAUGAGUGGAAGUCAUUCCAACGAAAUCUGAACAAUUACCAGAAGUAUUGGGGUUUCGAGAGGAAAGCAAUUGAAAAUUCACAGCUGAAAUCACAACGAAUCAAAAUUCCUACACUUCGACACGUAAUCAAACAAUGGAGGAGGUAUGGUUUCAGUGAAAACGAAUUGCAAUUCCGCCUCAAGGAACUGGAGGAGUGGAAACAGACAGAGCCAAAAAUCACUUUGGAGGACUGGAAAAAGACAUCGCUUACAAAGACUUCUCCCUCCAGCGUCAAGAUGCCGUCUGUCAACUCGAGAAACAAAGGGAAGAAACAUGUCCCAGCCGUCAAAGCGGAGAGAACAGACAGGAUUAAGGCGAAUGCAAAGGUUGAAGGACAUAAAGUGGAAGAAGAGGUGGACGAACCGUACUCUGAGAAAGGAGAUUCCAGUUUUCCUCAAAUUAAUUCCAAUGAUACACAAAGUGAUUCUGAUAUCGAGGUUCCUUUACGUAAAGUUCAAGAACGAAGGAUCAGUAGCGAAGAGAACAUUCAUCUUAAACUAACUCUCGGUGGUCAACAACUUCCAAUUACGCCCGUCAAGAGCAAAGCAUCCAAAAGGACAUUUGCGACCAUGGCUGAGUCCCCCGAGAAUGGUAAGCACAUCGUCCUAGUCGCGUUUAAGCUGUUGAAUCAAUUUGUCCUCGUCCAAUUAGAAAUCGAUUAUCCGAACGAAGCAUUCACGCCUUCACCUACUUUCUCUGAACCUCUUAUCACCCCUCACACUGCCGUAUUCCCGCCAGUCAAGAUGCCUCGCAACUCAAAUUAUCAUGUUCGUACUCACGAGUCAUCGUUCCGCAAGGUAUCCCCAGAAGAAUCUAUCCCUCCUAUAUCAAGGGGCCAGGAGGUGGAGGAAAUCUUCGGUCCAGUGGUUGAUGGUGUAUUGGAAUAUGAAGGAAAGGAUAGAGGGAUGAUGUGA